CCUUCCACUCCCCGCAUCUCAAGCCGGCGCAAUAUGUCGGAAAGUUGAAAGGAAUGCGGCAGAUUUUGUGGGAGAGGGGGCUCCUGGUCAAAGGCAUGAGUCAGACGGGGGGCUCGGGCGAAAAGCAGGACCUCAGCAAGGGCAUGGAGCACGUUUUGGGAGAGCAGAAGGACUUCAAGGAAGUUGAUUCUAGUCUGGUGCUGUUGAUGCAGCGCCACGGGGGGGCCUGUCUCAUGCUUCCUAAGUACCACUGCGAGUGUAACCCCAUCGAGCUUGUUUGGGGCCGAGCGAAGGACUGGACUCGAAAGAACUGCAAAUAUUCGUUGGAAUGCUUGCGCAAGAACGUGCCGCUGAGUUUUAGACCAGAGAAGGAUAGACAGGCUGUUUCGGUAGUCCAGGGCUACUGCAAGAAGGCGUACACACACGCCCUCAUGUACCGCGAGACGCGUGUGCAAGGGCCUGAGGGCAAGAAGACGUACAAGAAGUACAAGUCGCACAGGCGCCCGACCCCGAAGGAAUGGAGGCCGUAGAGUCGAUGGCGCAUUCUUGUUCAUUGAGCUGUAUUUGUUCAGUUUUUUUCCGUGUUUCUGGUGGGAACGUUGUACAAAAAUGGAACACUUUUGUUGAAAACGGCCAAUUUUUGUGAUGUAUUUACGCUAUAGGUGCGGUAGAGGCAUUUGCAUAGUGUUUGAGGGCAUUCCUGUGCACGUGUGGGUGGUUUGGUGCGAAAAAAAAAAAAAGGAUUAGCAACAUAUAUGGGGGAAAAGUUGCUCUAGGGCCAAUUUCGUGGGUUCGAGACCCGCCGCGAGCAUCUUUUUUUCUCUUUUUUCUCUUUU